UUCAUACUCACUCACCUCAAAUCAAUCCCACCUAAUAACAAGAUCCAAUGUUCUCUUUUUUCUCUUUUGAAUUUAACACCAAGAUUUCACCCAUCACACACCAAAGAUCCUCUCUUUUUCUUUCUCUUUUCUUGGGUUUGGUGGUUUUUUAGCAGAAGAAAAAUGUUGAGUUUCAGUUUCAGCAGAAUAAUCAUCAUCUUCUUAAUACUUUGUUGGUGGUGCUGUUACUGUGAUGCUCACAUAUUCACAUUCACUAUGCACCACCGUUACUCUGAACCUGUCAAGAAAUGGUCUCAUUCUGCUUCACCUUCUCCUUCCAAUCGUUGGCCUGAAAAGGGUACUGUUGAAUACUAUGCUGAGUUAGCUGACCGUGACCGCUUUCUCCGCGGCCGUAGACUCUCCCAAUUCGACGCCGGUCUUGCUUUCUCCGAUGGCAAUUCCACCUUCCGUAUUAGCUCCCUUGGAUUUUUGCAUUAUACAACAGUUGAGUUAGGGACACCUGGAGUGAAGUUUAUGGUGGCGCUUGAUACAGGAAGUGAUCUGUUUUGGGUGCCCUGUGAUUGCACUAGAUGUGCAGCUACUGAUAGUUCUUCCUUUGCUUCUUCUGCCUUUGCUUCGGAUUUUGACCUAAGUGUGUAUAAUCCUAAUGGAUCUUCAACAAGUAAAAAGGUUACUUGUAACAAUAGUCUCUGCACGCACCGCAACCAAUGCCUUGGGACAUUCAGCAACUGCCCUUACAUGGUUUCUUAUGUAUCCGCUGAAACCUCUACAUCCGGAAUAUUAGUAGAGGACGUUCUGCAUUUAACUCAAGAAGAUGAUGACCAUGACCUUGUCGAGGCAAAUGUUGUAUUUGGCUGUGGACAAAUUCAGAGUGGAUCGUUCUUAGAUGUUGCUGCUCCGAAUGGUUUGUUUGGACUUGGUAUGGAGAAAAUAUCAGUUCCUAGCAUGUUAUCAAGGGAAGGAUUUACUGCAGAUUCGUUCUCCAUGUGUUUUGGACGAGAUGGCAUUGGAAGAAUAAGUUUUGGGGACAAAGGAAGUCUUGAUCAAGAUGAAACUCCAUUUAAUCUGAACCCAUCACACCCUACCUAUAACAUCACAAUCAAUCAAGUCCGUGUAGGAACAACUCUAAUCGACGUGGAAUUCACAGCUCUUUUUGAUUCUGGAACCUCUUUUACCUAUUUGGUUGAUCCAACCUAUUCAAGGCUUUCCGAGAGUUUUCAUUCCCAAGUGGAAGAUAGGCGGCGUCCAUCGGAUUCAAGGAUCCCUUUCGAAUAUUGUUAUGAUAUGAGUCCUGAUUCAAAUACUAGCUUGAUCCCUAGCAUGAGUUUAACUAUGGGAGGUGGAAGCCGUUUUACUGUUUAUGAUCCAAUAAUUAUUAUCUCUACACAGAAUGAACUUGUAUAUUGUCUAGCAGUAGUCAAGAGUGCUGAGCUGAACAUAAUUGGACAAAACUUCAUGACUGGUUACCGUGUUGUUUUUGACCGAGAAAAGCUCAUUUUGGGAUGGAAGAAAUCUGAUUGUUAUGACAUUGAGGAUCAUAAUAAUGUUGUCCCAACAAGACCAGACUCAGAUAAUGUGCCUCCUGCAGUUGCCGCGGGACUCGGCCGUUACCCUGCCACUGAUUCAAGUAGAAAGUCCAAUUACAAUUCUCAACAGUCAAGUGCAUCACCGGCCCCGCUUUAUAGCUGCAUUUCACUUUUGACUUGCAUUGGAUAUCUAAUCUUUUGUAUUUUGUUUUGUUUACAUGAUCUAUGAUCCUUCAUUUGUAUCCAACAUUGAUAGUUUAUGGUACAUUUAGCUCAUAUUGUAAGAUUUUGUGUAAGAUUUUUUCUAUCAUAUUGUAACAUAGUGUAAAUGUCAUCUAGUUUUCCUUCCCA